AUGCCAUCGAAGGUCAAGGUCUUUGCGUGGAGGAUGCUUAAAGAUAGAAUUCCGACUCGUAUGCAACUUCUACAUAGAAACAUCAUAGAAGUCAAUGAAGAUUGUUGCUGUGUGCUAGGCUGUUCAGCAAUAGAAGACGUCCAACACCUCUUUUUGGAUUGCGGUAAAAUGAGGACAGUAUGGAUAAACAUCUACCGGUGGUUGGGAAUUCAUGUGGAUUUUACCGUGGACUGUGGGAACCAUCUUUUGCAGUUUGUGGAUAACCUGAAACGGUUCUGUCCGGUGAAGAGAGCGGCCUCACUUUGGGCUGCAGUUUGUUGGUGUGCAUGGAAACAUAGGAAUGCAAUCUUAUUUGAAAAUGCAAUGGAAGACUUGGAGGAUCUUGUGCACAAAGUGAAGAUGUACUCAUGGUGGUGGAUGGCAAUAGGUUGUAGAAAAAUGGUUGUAUGUUCAUUUUAUGACUGGCCCUGUAAUGUAGGUUUGAUUUCAUGUAAGAAGUUGGGUUUGAGUCUGGUGGUUUACUCCACAGAACAAUUGUAA